CAUCCUUUGUCUUUAACAUGUGUUAUAAUAUUAAUAGCUCCAAGACACACUUCCAAGUUUUCUCUUGCACCCUAGCCACAUACUGCUCCACCCCUCCCUUCAAGCCAUGGCCACUUCAAAACAACAACUUGAAGUCCGUAAAGAAGACCACCAUACUCCAUCAAAAUGGACUGUUGCUUUGGGAGAAGAUGUUUUUAGAAGAUUUCUAGGGCAAUCUAACACUGCUGUGCAAAAGGUGUUCAGCGAUGGCUCGUUGUUUAGCCCGUUGCUGUUCGGAAAGUUCUUCGACCCGGCCGAUGCUUUUCCGCUAUGGGAGUUUGAGUCUGAUCUACUGUUGUCUAACCUUCGCAGCUCUGGAAAAUCUUCAAUAGAUUGGUUUCAAACUGAUCAAGAAUACGUUCUACAAGCAGAAUUACUAGAAGCUUGGAGAAAUGCAUUACAAAUCUCCAUAGAAGAUGGGAAGGUGUUAGAGAUAAGUGGUCAGUUGAAGGAGCAACAAAGAGAAGGCAAGACGAUCGUCGAUUGGCGACAUGUCAAUUGGUGGGAGCAUGGAUACGUUCGACGACUCGAGUUGCCCGAAGACGCUGAUUGGUCUAGAAUGGAGGCUCGUAUGAAGAAUGACAAUGUUCUUGAGAUCAAGAUUCAAAAGUCAGAAACUAAUCAAGGUGUUGAAUCAAAGAGCAAAGAUAAUUCUGAUGAAGAUGCUUAAGUUGAUCAUGAGCAAAUUUCUAAUGGAAAAUGUGUUUAACUUAAACAUAAUUUACAUAUUCUCUGUGAUUGUGACAAAAGAAAAUGUGUUUAACUUGAACAUAAUUUACAUAUUCUAUGUGAUUGUGACAAAACAACAAGGCAUGGAUCUCAAUUAUGUGUAUGUUAAUGUUAUUGCUGACCAACUUAUAUGGAUGAGAAUACAAACAAUUUCAAAA